UCCCAACCAUGCACAUACCCCUUUCCUCCCACCUCCUGCUGACGGUCGCGACCGUGGCGGCCCUCGUCGGCCAGGGCCAGGGCAACCCGGUCCCCAAUGACGCAUACCAGCAAUUGUUGCGGGUGCCCGCCUCGUCCCCAUCCGUCUUCUUCCAAGAGCAACCCCCCUUCACCCCAGACCAUCACGAUCCCUAUGACCACAAGAUCGACUCGGUCGGAGAGGACCGCGAACCCCUCCCCUGGCGCAUGGGCGAUGGGGCCACCAUCAUGGGGCCGCGGAACAAGGACCGUGAGCGCCAGAACCCCGACAUGGUGCGUCCCCCCAGCACCGACCACGGCAACAUGCCCAACAUGCGCUGGAGUUUCGCCGACUCCCACAUCCGCAUCGAGGAGGGCGGAUGGACGCGUCAGACCACCGUCCGCGAGCUCGGCACUAGCAAGGAGCUUGCAGGGGUCAACAUGCGUCUCGACGAGGGUGUCAUUCGCGAGCUGCACUGGCACCGCGAAGCCGAGUGGGCGUACGUGCUGGCCGGGCGCGUGCGAGUGACCGGUCUGGACCUGGAGGGCGCCAGUUUCAUCGACGACCUCGAGGAGGGUGAUCUGUGGUACUUCCCUUCGGGCCAUCCCCAUUCCCUGCAGGGUCUCAGUCCCAACGGAACCGAGUUCCUGCUCAUCUUUGACGAUGGGAACUUCUCCGAGGAGUCGACCUUCCUGCUAACCGACUGGAUGGCCCACACCCCCAAGUCGGUGCUCGCCGAAAACUUCCGCAUGCGCCCGCAGACCUUCAAGAACAUCCCCACGGCCGAGAAAUACAUCUUCCAAGGCUCCAUGCUCGCCCAGGAACCCGAACGCACCACCGGCGGCGACGUCCGCAUCACCGACUCCGCCAACUUCCCCAUCUCCAAGACCGUCGCCGCUGCCCACCUGACCAUCCACCCCGGCGCCAUCCGCGAGAUGCACUGGCACCCCAACGCCGACGAAUGGUCGUACUUCAAACGGGGCCGCGCCCGCGUCACCAUCUUCGCCGCCGAGGGCACCGCGCGCACCUUCGACUAUGUCGCUGGGGACGUCGGCAUCGUGCCCAAGAACAUGGGCCAUUUCAUUGAGAAUCUCAGUGACGAGGAGGAGGUCGAGGUGCUGGAGAUUUUCCGUGCCGAUCGGUUCCGCGAUUUCUCGUUGUUCCAGUGGUUGGGCGAGACGCCGCGCAGGAUGGUCGCGGAGCACGUGUUUGCGGAUGAUCCCGAGGCCGCGAGGGACUUUUUGAGUAAGAUCGAGGGCGCCGAGAAGGAUCCGAUCCGUAGUCCGGGGAGGGGUUGA